GGCCUUCAACCAGCCAAUAAGAAGGAAGAGAGGCAUGUUCAUGGAAAACACAGAUCACUUGAGCUCAGUGACAAUUCAAAGCUGAGUGAGGAACGAUUCUGGCGCUCACAACUCAACUUGUUAAGAAGCAUUGCACGGCUUAGAAAACGCUGAAGAUUAGGAAUGGCGGUCACUAAUUUUCACUACAUUACUCGGAUGAGCAGUGGCUUCAAAGUUUACAUCUUAGAGGGACAGCCCAAUCUGAGGAGUGAAGACAGAUUUCGCCACAUGACGAGCGACAGGGUGCGGAUGCGCCCUGCACAUCCAAUAAAGCGCAAACACAGUUCAGAGAGAGGACGGACACUUGAAGAAAGAAGAGAGAGGGCCCUUAGCAAGAGCCUGUCCAGCGGUUCCCGCAGAUCAUCUGGGUUCAGUAUUCCUGAAAGCCCCACAUCCACAUGGAGCCCAACGGCCAGCCCUACUCACCUGAUCCCCAGCCCAGUGUACUCCACCCCAGUCAUGGACGAGCCUCUUGCCCUAAUUAAGAAACCACGCCCAGAACCAGAGAAAGCAGAAAGCCAAAACAAAGCCACAACAGUCAGACAAAUACAGAUACGGCCAUCUGUCAUCACUUGCGUUUCCUCUGCAACAAGGUCAACCAAGAAAGACUGCUGCGAUCACUCCACUAUUGUUACCCAGCACAGUUAUGAUCACGUUGAAGAGCAUUUCCAGAGGAGUCUCGGGAUGAACUACCACAGAGCCGCCUCCAUCAGCGUGUCUGUAGAUGACCACUUUGCCAAAGCGCUGGGUGAUAAAUGGCUGCAGCUCAAAGCUUCAUCCUCCUCCUGCCAUUCCUCCUCUUCUUCAUCUUCUUCAUCUCCACCCUGCAGUCCAACCUUCAUCCACUCACCCGGCAACAGCCAGAGUCCCAAAAGGGCGCGCAAAGAUUCAGUCAGUCCUUCCACAACCACACCCAACUUAUGGUCUGAGAAAUGAAGAAGAAAAAGAAAUUAGAUGUACAUAUGACAAAACGGACUUAAAAUACAUGUGUAGGCCCAUGUGUUUCUGCUGUAAAAAGCCAAAGGGAGACUGUGCGAUUGUGAGUUGUUGCAACUGUUGUUAACAAUCGAUGAGCAAAUGAGGAAUUGUUCAAUUGUCUUUUAAAGGGAGAUAUUCAAUGUUUGACCGUUUUCGGAUCGUUUCAUUGUAGCUAAGCAUUGUUGGAGUUGGCUUUGUCAUUGGUUUUUUGGUUGCCACUGGUUUUUAUUUGUUGACUGUGAUUGCACUGAUUGUUGCUAAUAACAUUUCAUUGUCUGUUGGAAGCUUUCUUUUGAUAAUAUGUGCAUAUUUAUAUUGGACAGUGUACCAAGAUCUUGUAACCUAACAGGAGCACUGAGCAAAACAGACCAAAAAUUACUAGGUCAAAAAGUUUCAUGUUUUUGUAGAAAACAAAUGCUUGAAAAAAAGAGGUGGGUAAUUGUUUGGCAUCUCUAUAUGGGCUAUUGCUGUUCAUUUCAAUCCAUGUGUAAAUUUCAAGCUUUUAUACUAUUGUACAUAUUUGUAAUAAACACAUUUUUAAAAUGCA